AUGAUUACGCAGGAUUCCGAGAGUGCAUUGGAAGCUGCUGGCAUCACCCUCUCCGAGGUCUUGGAGGAAGCCGGGGAACUUUCCAAACGAGAGGAUUGUGCGAUGGUCGGCUCAGAUCACAUCUUGCGGGCCAUCAUGUCACAGGUUCUAGUGGAGCGGGAGGCAGAGGAGGAGUUGAAGCUCACCGAGACCUUGAAGUAUGCUGAGGACUUGACAACAGCAGCGGAGGAAGGACGCUUGGAUCCCUUAGUCGGCCAGUCCAAGAAUAAUCCAGUCUACGUGGGCGAAGCUGGUGUGGGGAAGACCUCCAUUGCGUGUGGCCUUGCGCAACGCAUCGUCCAGGGGCGUGUGCCACCGACCUUGCGAGACAAGCGAGUCCUAUCCCUUGACUUGGCGCUGCUUUUGGCCGGCACAAGGUAUCGGGGAGACUUCGAAGAGCGUUUGCGAGCAGUGGCCGGUGUCAAGGAAGUGUCGGAGAGCAACCGACGGGUGAUUCUGGUCAUUGACGAGGCAUGUGAAGGGGGUGGCAUGGAUGCAGCAAACCUUCUGAAGCCAGCUCUUGCAAGGGGUCAGCUGCAGUGCAUUGGUGCUACCACUUUGGACGAGUACCGGUUCCGGUCACAGCAGGCGCUCGUUCUCGUCAGCGCGCACGAGCAAGUUCAUGAGGACCCCGCAUUGGAGCGGCGCUUCCAACCCGUGCUCGUACCAGAACCCACAGAGGAGGAGACCGAGAAGAUCUUGCUGGGCUUGGCGCCGAGGUACGAAAAGCAUCACCAGCUCCGAUAUGACCCAGAGGCGAUCAAGGCAGCCGUGCGACUGGCUUCGCAGUACAUUAAUGACCGCUUCUUGCCGGACAAAGCCAUCGAUGUCAUGGAUGAGGCUGGCGCCAAAGUUCGCCAGCAACUCUUCCAAGAAGAAGAGCUGGCCGAGGACAUGGCCUGCCGACGGAAGCUUGAAGAAGACCUGCAGGCAGUGAUAAAGCAAAAGGGUGUGGCCGUGGCCAACGAGGACUUUUCAGAGGCACAAAACCUCAAGUCGAGGCAAGAGGAGAUCGAAAGUCGCCUCCGCGGCCUUAAUGAAAAGAUGGAAACCGCACCAACUGCAGGAGAACGCGACAAUGUGGAAGAAAAGUUGCGACUGCUUCGAGCACGUGUCCAGGAAGCUGUCCGUGCGGAGCGCUUUGAGGAAGCCUCUGAUCUCAAGGAGGUUUGGGUGACAGAGGCAGAUGUAGCCUCUGUCGUGUCUACCUGGACUGGCAUUGCAGUGGAACAGGUCUCUGCCAGUGAGUCUGCGCGGUUGCUGCGGCUGGAGCAGCAUCACGGCCAGAAAAUGCCUAAAGCGGAAGCCGUGACCACAGUGAGCCGUGCAUUGCGGCGUGCCCGGGCUGGGCUACGGAACCUGUCCCGUCCGAUGGCGGCUUUCAUGUUCUGCGGUCCAACCGGCGUUGGGAAGACCGAACUUUGCAAGACUCUAGCCAACAACUUCUUCGGCUCAACGGACGCCAUGAUCCGCUUGGAUAUGAGCGAAUUCAUGGAGAAGCACACUGUGUCGAAGCUUAUUGGAGCUCCUCCAGGGUAUGUGGGUUAUGGCGAGGGUGGCACUUUGACUGAAGCUGUGCGACGCAGACCUUACUCAUUGGUCUUAUUCGACGAAGUCGAGAAGGCGCAUCCAGAUGUCUUCAACACAUUGCUGCAGCUGCUGGACGAUGGACGUCUGACAGAUUCCAAAGGGCGUGUCGUGUCUUUCAGCAACACCUUGGUCGUCAUGACCUCCAACAUUGGGAGUCGAAGUGUCCAGAAAGGAGCUG